AUGCUUAAUUGGCUAUUUGUGUUUGCCCUUCUUGGAUCAUCCUCUGCUUAUUUCAUUCACAUCGAUGCGAAUGAGGAGCAAUGUUUCUUCGAGAGAGUAUUAACCGGAACCAAGAUGGGUUUGAUCUUCGAAGUUGCUGAAGGAGGAUUUUUGGACAUCGACGUGAAAAUUGUGAGCCCUGAUAACAAAGAAAUUUACAAGGGAGAACGUGAAUCUUCUGGCAAAUACACUUUCGCCGCUCAUAUGGAUGGAGUUUAUACUUACUGUUUUGGAAACAAAAUGAGCACAAUGACUCCAAAGGCUGUUAUGUUCACUGUAGAUAUUGUCGAACCUCAUGCUGCCGCAGCUCCCGGCGCAGCCCCUAAUCAAGAUGCCGCCGACAGCCAAAAACUUGAGGAAAUGAUUCGUGAGCUUUCCACUGCUUUGAUGUCCGUCAAGCACGAGCAAGAAUAUAUGGAAGUUAGAGAAAGAGUCCAUCGAUCAAUCAAUGAAAAUACCAAUAGCCGUGUAGUUAUUUGGGCCAUCUUCGAAGCUGUUGUACUAGUUUCUAUGACUUUAGGACAAGUAUGGUAUCUGAAGCGCUUCUUCGAAGUUAGAACUGUUGUUUAA